AGUUCUGUUUUGUAUGUGUUUAGUGGUGCUAAGUAAAUCACUGUGCAAUGAUCACCUAUGACUUGCAUUACACAGAAUCUAGAUACUUCAUUGUCUCAGUGUGAAUCAAGUGAUUGGACUUCUAUACCAAUAACUAACUGUAAAUGUGUGGAUAUGCCUAUAGCCAAACACAGGGAAGAGAUAGUGUCUCUGAUACAAAGCAAUUCAGUUGUGAUUGUACAAGGAGCAACUGGCAGUGGUAAGAGCACACAGAUUCCACAAUAUAUUUUGGAUUAUUGCAUUCAGCAAUCUAUCUACUGCAACAUUGCUGUUACCCAGCCUCGGAAAAUUGGUGCCAGCAGCAUUGCCAGGUGGAUUAGCAAGGAACGCUCAUGGACACUAGGUGGAUUUGUAGGAUACCAGGUAAGUUUAGAGAACAUUUCCACAAAGGAGACAAGGUUGCUGUACAUGACAACUGGAGUUCUUCUUGAGAAAGUAGUUUGUGCCAAAAGCCUAGCUGAAUUCACACACAUUUUCAUCGAUGAAGUGCAUGAGCGCACAGAAGAAAUGGAUUUCUUGCUCUUGGUGAUCCGUAAACUGUUGCGUACAAAUUCACAGUCUGUAAAGGUAAUACUGAUGUCUGCUUCCAUCAACUGUAAAGAAUUUGCUGAUUAUUUUGCACUGCCAGUUUAUAAUGGUCUGAAUCCAGCCUGUGUAUUUAAGUUGGAAGGCAAACCUUAUGCAAUUGAAGAAUAUUAUCUUGAUGAUUUGAAGCACACUGUUCAUUUCAAGCUUCCUUCUCAAAGAAUUGAGGAACCCGUGAUAGUAAGGGAAUUGUAUGAAGUAGCAGUGGCUUUGAUUCAGUCAUUUGAUGAGUUGGAGAUGAAGUGCAAUAGGGAGAAAAGAAACUUGAGUGUUACAUUAGAACGUGGAAGUGUGCUGGUAUUUUUACCAGGUUUGAGUGAAAUAAGCUACAUGCACUCAUGUCUCUCAAAUAUGUGUAACAAAAGGUGGCAAGUGUACCCACUUCACUCACGUGUGACGUUAGAGGAACAAAGUAAUGUAUUUUUGGCUACAGUUCCUGGCUACAGAAAAGUUAUUUUAUCUACAAACAUAGCUGAGAGCUCUGUAACAGUUCCUGAUGUUAAGUAUGUGAUAGAUUUCUGUUUAACUAGAACUUUGGUUUGUGAUGAGGAAACUAAUUACCAAAGUUUGAGACUUUGCUGGGCAUCUAAAACAAACUGUCAUCAAAGAAGAGGUCGUGCUGGACGUGUUUCCAAAGGGUACUGUUAUAGGCUUGUACACAAGGACUUCUGGACAGACUUUAUUCCAGAGAAGUCAGUACCUGAGAUACUGCGUUGUCCCUUGGGAACUACAGUCUUAAAAAUAAAAAAGCUUGAUAUGGGGGGACCAAAAGCCUUGCUGGCAACAGCUCUUUCUCCACCCAAUGUAGGUGACAUUGAACGUACCAUAUUUCAACUGAAAGAGCUGGGAGCACUUACAACUGGUGUGCAAACAGAAGAUGACCCACAUGAUGGUGAGCUGACUUUCUUGGGAAGGGUAUUGGCACAGUUGCCAGUGGAUUUGCAUCUUGGAAAAUUGAUAGUCCUUGGGCAUGUCUUCGGGUGCUUGGAAGAAUGCCUUAUUAUAGCUGCAGCACUCUCUUUGCGGAAUUUUUUUGCAGUACCUUUCAAGCAGCAUGUUGAUGGAUACAGGAACAAACUGUUUUUUGCUGGGAAUAGUAAGAGUGACUGUAUUGCAAUUGUGAAUGCAUUUAAGGCGUGGCAGGCCUGCAGACAAAAAGGGGAGCUGAGACAUCCCAAGGAAGAGCUUGAGUGGGGUCGAUCAAAUUGUAUCCAUAUCAAGAAGGUCAGAGAGGUAAGCAGUUAUUUUCACAACUUGGAAAAGCGAGUCAGAGCAUUUAAUAUGUGUGUUAAUGCGCAACCAUCUGCUAUGGAUCAGGAAUGUGUAUACAAACAGCGCUUCAUUUUGCAGGUUGUAAUAGCUGGUGCUUUCUAUCCAAACUACUUUACUUUUGGAAAAUGUGAUGAAGAAAUUGCUGUGAGACGCCUUGCUGGCAAAGAUCCAAAAACCACUGUAAUGCUGAAGAAUAUUCCUCCCUAUGGAUAUCUAUACCAUAAACAGUUGCAGUCACUGUUUAGACAGUGUGGGCAGGUAAAAUCUAUUGCCUAUGAUGGAUCAAAGGCUUUUGUGGAGUUUUCCCGUAACCCAAUGGAGGGCUUUAAGAUUCUUCCUGCAGUGUACCUAUCAGUCAAGAUGUCACAGCUGAAAAUUCCUCUUGAGCUGAACGUUCAUUUUCCAGAUGAUAUCGAAAAGCAAUUGCAAGGUGUGACAGCUGCAAGUGUGAAAUCUCUAAGAGUAAAUGUGGACUGUCAGAAGCAGACAGUGGAGCCUGUGGAAAUCUCAUUUGGUACUUUACAACAGUCAAAGAUGAUCCCAAAUCGUGUUCUGUCCAUCAAGAUAACAGAGAUAGUAGAAGUUGGACACUUCUGGGGUUACAGGAUAGAUGAAAAAAAUAGGACUGUACUCCAGGCUCUAACUGCUGAAAUUAACUACCAGAACCUGAUGGAUUUGCCAGUGUCUCCACAUCCAGAGUUGGUUUGUCUGGCACCAUUCACUCAUGUGGAAAACAGAGAAUACUAUAGAGCUCGUAUUCUUUAUGUUUGUGGAGAUUUUGCUGAGGUUUUUUUUGUGGAUUAUGGCAACAGAUCAAAAGUGCCUUUAAAGAAAUUAAAAGAGAUUCCAAGCUGUCUUCGAGAGCUUCCUUUCCAGGCUUUAGAAUUCAAAAUGUGCAAGAUGCGUCCAUCUGCAAAAUCUAUUGUAUGUGGGGAAUGGUGGAGUUACAGUGCUACCCAGAGAUUUGCCUCACUAGUAAAUGGCUAUACUCUUCUAGUAAAGGUGUAUUCACUUGUGCAUAGUGUUCUGCAUGUGGAUGUUUUCCAUUACUCAAGGUGCAAAAAGCUUGUGAAUAUUCGAGAUGUGCUUAUUGAAGAAUGUUAUGCUGAACUAGCAGAAGAAUCAUACGAAUCCCAACAAAGCCAUGAUUUGCUCAAGGGAUUAUUUUUGGACCAAGUAAAGAAAGAAGAGAAAAUGCCUGUAUCUUCAAGAGAAGAAGAAAAGCAUCUCAUUGAAAGAUUGUUAAACUGUUUUUCUGACAAUAAAUCUGAUGUGCCAACCCAUAAGGUAACAGUUUCUGGCCCAUUCAGUCCUUAUGAGGUGAAAUGCUACAGUAUGACUAGAGUAUCCCAGUUCAGAAGUGCUUUCAUACAAAAGGAAAGUGUAAACUCUGUUGUUGUCCAUGAUACUCCAGAAGAUCCCUUUCAGCAGUUGUUGGUUGCUGCUUCUUUAUCAGCAAAUGCAUCUGGAUCUACUGUGAUUUUAGAGGAAACAUCUUUGAUGCCUCCUAUUCCUGGCCUGCUUGCACUCCUCAGUAUGCUGUUUGCUCCUGCUAUAGAACUCAGGGUUGAUAAAAGUGGAAGGUAUUUUACUGGUGUUCUGUGUGGUUUGGGUUGGAGUCAGACUUGUGGUGCUCCACUGCUUCCAGAAAAUGACAUAGAGCUGACAUUUGAUGUGCGUUUUGGAGUGGAAGACAUAUCGGAGAUAAACAUCCUAAGGACAGCCAUUAAUAAGCUGCUCUGUGAAUGUGCAGUGUGUUCUGGACAAGAGAGAAUGACACAGCUGCAGGAAAACAUUCGUCAGAAACUUCUAUGUUUAAUCUGCAAAUCAAAACCUCGAGAUAUAGUUGUUCCUACAUGGUAUGAGAAGCCAUAUGCGUGGAAUCAGGUGGAUUCUCAGCAUAUCAUUGACCAGUCUGAAAAGCAGCAUGAAAGACAAAAUGGUCUUUAUCAGCUACAUAAGCUUGUUGUGUUGAAUGUUUAAGUAUUUCUAGAAGUCUUUCAGAGUCGAGUUAUUGCAACUAGUCUAAAAAUUAUUUGUCUUCUAUGUAACUCUUGGGUGCUUGUUCUGCAAGACUGUUCCUUAAGAUUAGUGUAAGUGUACUGAAAUACAGUUUGGAAUAUGUUAAUGGUUUUUUUAGAGUUAAGGUUUGGGGACCUAGAGCAGACGAGUUUAUAAAACAAACUGACAUAAAGCAGGAUGCAAUUUUCAUUUUAAUAAUACUUCUGAGCAGGUUUAUCACAAGGUACAUUAAAGACAAAGCAAAUCUAGGUUUAGUUGUUAAUUUUCUGUCUAAAAGCUCAUAAGCCAUGGGGCAUGAUUUGUCUUUAACUGCAAGUUGCAUUUUCUUUGUCAUUAGUCUUUCAAAAAGCCAUACGACAAAGGUGUUUGGGGCUUUUUUUAACCAAAAACUAGACGUCAGAGGAAACUGAUGUAGAUUAUGUUCUGAUCCAAACUAUAAUUUCAUAUACUGGAUAAAAUUUGUCAUUCAUUUUUCAUACAUACAUAAUUUCUUUUCCUGUAUGGCAGAAGAAUGCUUUUGAAUUACUGAUUUGUGGCACCUUUGUUUCAUCCUUUCCUCUUAUUUUUGCCCUAAUUGGUCCUAAAAUUAGUCCUAAAAAUGAGGUCAGUGGUUUCAGAAUAAAAUGCAGAAGUGAAAUAAAAUGUAUUUGUCUCUUCUCUUGUGCGGUCAUGCUUAAUAAAAGCU